AUGCUGUGGAAAUCAAGGACGAAGACUGAACCCUACUGCCUACAGGAUCGUGCGGACGGACUGUCAAGCUCUUCGCCGAGCGGCCGACUGUCACAGCUUUCCUCGCUGAACCAAGCAGCGUACUCGUCGGCUCCUCCACUGUGCCACACGCCGGCGUCUGAUUUUCAGCCCCCGUAUUUUCCACCACCGUACCCCCAGUCUUCGCUCUCUUACUCUCAGAGCCAGGAUUCUGGAUAUCCACAUUUACCGGACCCCUACCCCUCCAUCAACUCGCUCCAUCAACAUCAGCAAGCGGCAUGGCACUCCCAGCGGUCUCGCUCAGAGGAGGGUGGACUCUUGUCGCAGUCUCACCGGGCUUUGAGUCUGGACCCCAGACGAGAGUACCCUGGUGUACCCCGGCUUCUCCAUGGACUGGGCGAGGGUGCAGCCGCGCUCGGAGACGGUCCCCUUGGAAUGCAUGCAGUAGGUCAUCAUGGUCUGGAGGACAUUCAGGGGAUGGAGGAAGGAUCAGCCUUAGGAAUCCUGGACCAUUCAGUAAUCAAGAAAGUUCCCAUCCCGUCCAAGCUGAAUGGCUCUGCCCUCUCUGCCCUCUCCCUCAGUAAAGAGGGAUUGGGCCUUGGGGGUGUUUCCAAUCCUGGGGAGGUCUUCUGCUCUGUACCUGGACGCCUCUCCCUACUCAGCUCCACCUCCAAAUACAAGGUGACUGUAGGAGAGGUUCAAAGACGCUUGUCCCCGCCCGAGUGCCUCAAUGCCUCCCUGUUAGGCGGAGUUCUGCGCAGGGCAAAGUCAAAGAAUGGUGGACGAUGUCUGCGAGAGCGGCUGGAAAAGAUUGGACUGAACCUGCCGGCCGGAAGACGCAAGGCUGCCAAUGUCACACUGCUGACAUCCCUGGUCGAGGGUGAGGCAGUUCACCUGGCGCGAGAUUUUGGGUACGUGUGUGAGACAGAGUUUCCGGCCAGGGCGACAGCGGAGUACCUGUGUCGACAGAGCGAUCCAGAGCAGCUGCCCACUCGCCGGAGUAUGCUGCUGGCUACAAAGGAGAUCUGCAAGGAGUUUGUUGACUUGAUGUCACAGGACAGGUCGCCCCUGGGAGCGAGUCGUCCGACUCCGUGCCUGGAGCCCGGGGUGCAGGGAAGCCUAACGCACUUCAGUUUGCUCACGCAUGGCUUCGGCACCCCCGCCAUCUGCGCUGCUCUCUCUGCCUUCCAGAGCUAUCUUUUGGAGGCCCUUAAACUUCUGGACAAGGGUGAGGGAGGCGCCAAGAGCCACCAUGACAAAGACAUCAAACACCGCAAAUGA